AUGUAUGUUCCUAUUGAGAGUCACAGUUUAUCACCCAAGCAACCCCUCCCCUCCUCUCCUCAUCUGCCUGGCAUUGGAGGACCGCUCUCACCCUCAGCCACCUCACCCCGCCCAGUCUUCCGGCAGCCCUACCCCCCUGCCCAGCGCCCAAACAGCCGCCCCUCCCCCGGCAUCACUCUCCAGACCCUCCAACCAAUCAACCAACGUCAGCUGAGCAUCAAUGCCUUGACGGCUACCAAUAACAACAACAACAACAAUCACUUAGGCAAUAAGGGCCUGGUUAAGACCAGGGGGCUCACCAUGCUCGACAACUCCUGCCUCUCUCCGUUUGAUAACCUAGAGAGGGCGUUGUCUGCACAUUCCAUCGCAGAGAAAGGACUUGGUACAACAGGAGGGGACUUUCACAGCCCUCUGUUGACGGUAGGACCCUCGUCCGACGACAACAACCUCCUCCAAAUGAGUGCCAUCGAUCGAUGUCCCAGUCAGCUGUCAGCAGUCUAUGCCGAUGGUGCGUCGUGAUCCAGGAGGACGGGCACAAAACAGUGCAUUUAUUUUCAAUAUCAUGUAUUCUAUCUUAUUGCUAAAAGAGCUGUUCCAAUGCUUAUUAAUAUGCAAUGAGAUGACCUGUAGCUGCAAGACCUUUCUGAGGGACUUGGUGAUUCAAGGAUAUGGUGUAUCAUGGGGUAGAGGCUCGUCCCCUUGCUUGUGUCGUAUGGAAGUUUGGUUUGCAAUAGACAAUCGCAUGCGGGAUAUAAUGGAGAAACUAGCAAGGAAGAUCAUGUUGAAUUCCACGUUAUCAUGUACUCUAUCCAAUUGCUAAAAGAGUUUUUCCAAUGCUUAUUGGUAUGCAAUUAGAUGACCUACAGCUGCAAGUCCUAUCUGAGGGACGUGGUGGUUCAAGGAUUGCCUGUCGCCUUGCUUGCAUCGUAUGGAAGUUUGGUUGGUAAGCUGUAGACAAUCGCAUGUGGGAUGUAAUGGAGGGCCUCGCCUGGAAGACCAUGUAGUCAUAGCAUGUACAAGAGAUAGGCAACAUGAUGCACAGGCAUUGUCCCUCAAAGACAUACCCCAUGAAGCACUGCAUAUCUGGUGAUGUCCAUGCUGUCGGAUCAUCGGCUAGAUACAGUUGCUCUAAAGGCUGACAUAUUGGAAUGGUAAAGAAGCAGAACCGAUCAUCUUGGAAUGGCAGGAGCUAACAUCUCGCUGAGUUGUGCACUGUGAAGGAUAUAUAUAAAAUGUUGAUAUCCGGGUACUGAAGUUAAUCGUCACAAUGAUGUUGCUGAUGACUAUAUCCAUGGGCGUAAAUACGUAUCGUCAUACUAUUUAAGUGUGGGAGGGGGUGAUGCAAUACUUCACCCCCCCCCAACAAUAGUUUCACUGUUUUAAUUUACGCCAGUGACUAUAUCAAUACCUUGCAAGAGAACAAAGUUUAGAAUAAAGGAAGGAGUUAACUUAGAGGGAGAGAGGGCAGUCGAAUUCCCUUUCUACAAUUAAAGUGCCUUGUUAAUGUGAUGAUAUUAUGAAUAUAAAUCUGAUAUUCAGGGGUCGAAUUGAAAAAGAGCAAAUCAUUUGUUAAAUUGAAUCUAUAGUUAUGUAGUUAACAUUUUGAAUGAAACUAUCUAGUACUUUCCAUUUGAAAGGUUUUUUUCUUUUUUUACAGAAAUGAAAUUAAUAUUCUCGAAUUUUCUUGUUGUAUUGUUGAAUAUCCUGUUGUAUUUUUUCAUAAUUGAUUGAAUAUCUUAAAUUCUGACUGUAAUUUCCUAUUGUUUGAUAUAGCAAAUAAAUCAUUGAGAAUAAUUCCCACCGAAUCACUUGGUUAUAUAUAUAUAUUUUUUUAUACCAAUGUAGGCACCUAUCUGUAUUCUAACAGCAUUCUUUCAUCCAAGCAGGCAUCAUUCUCCCUCCGUUCUUUUUAAAGUUUUGUUUUAAGUCCGUCCACUAUACCAUAUCAACUGCCAAAUCAUUUUCUACUGUAGACAAACAGAUAUAGCAUAAACAUGUGGUUUGUGGUUAUCUAACAGAAUCAAGUAAUAUCAUAGCAUUUUUUUAUAUUUAUUUUCAUACACUUUACCUUGAAUAGAAUGUAUUCCAUGAAUUAUGAUUCACAUGUGAAAGGGGCCAAAUAUUGAAAUGUACAUAAUUUUUUCACAAGGAAUUAAUUUGAAACUGCCGUGAAUAAUAUUAUCAGUAGGUUGAUGAUAAACAAUUGGAUUGACAAUUUACCUUGACAUGUUGAUUUACCUGGGUAAUUUAGUUUAAUAAUUUAUGAAAUAAUUGUUGAUUUCAUUAAUUAGUUUUGGAACCAUUGAUGAAGUAGAGGUUUGGAAAUUCAGUUUCAUGCUGUAAUGAAAAGUUAUUUAAACAAAAUUGAAUUGAUGGUUUAUUUUAAGAACAAAUUAAAUUACAUUUAGCGAUGAUAGGAAUCCCUAUAUUUUUCUUAUAAUGAUUUUUCACUUUUAUUUUAGAUUUUUUUUUACAUAUUGCCAUCAAGGGAUAGAUAGUUUAAACCACAAUUAUUAUCCCAGCAAGUAUACAAAAUGAAUUCAAUUAUCUGUGUCUAUCAACUAGAAGAGAGACCUGUAUAAAAUGAAAUUAUAAACUCUUCAUUCCUAACGUAAUUCUGAAGAAAAAAAAGACAGAUAUAAGCACGGUACUUGAAUAAAACUUUAUAAUUCAAACUAUAGAAAAUAUCAAAGAUAUAUUCAAUAUUGGUACAUAUAUAUUUAUGAACACAAAUCAGUACAUAUAUAAUUAUGAAAACAAAUUUUGUAUGAAAAAAAUGGAAGUGUAUUUUAUUUUUAAUUUAGCAUUUUCUUAUUAAAGCUUGGUUGCAAAACAAUAUUGUGGAUGAGAAUUUAUUUUCUUUCUUUCUAAUACAGCACUAUAGAUGGCCUUUUCUGUAUUGAUAAAAUGAAUACUACAAUAAUUAUAAGGACAGAAUUUAUUAGUAGUCAUACGCUCUCUGCGGAGUGUUCAAGAAGCUAAUUGUCAUUAUUACCCUUGCAUUUUUACACUAGGAUUUAAAGAGUGAAACAAAUGAUUUCCUAUUAAAAUCAUGUAAAAGUAACCAAAAAUCAUUUAAUAUUUGAUGGAAAUUUAUAAGUGACAUGAUAUUUGAUACAAUAAGUCUUAAGUUGAUGCCAACUUUUCUUGCCCUUAAGUACUUGUACAUGUCAAUCAUAACCUAUAGAGUACUGAAUUAUGUCAUUCUCAUAGGCAUUGUUCACGGACCAAUAAUUUAUGGCAGGCAAAGAGUUAAUCAAUUCACUGAUAAUGUUUUGACUUAUUUCUUUUUAUAUUGGCAAGAUACUCUACUGUAUAAUGUAGCUAUCAUA